UUGAGUUGCUUCCGCCGGCCCAAGAAGGGAGGGAGGACGUGUGCGCUGCCUCCAGCGUUUGAACAUGCUCUCGCGGGGAAUGCUGCGGGCGAGCGUGGUUGCUGCUCGCCGACACAGGAAGGAGCGGUAUUCCUCGGCGAAGGGCCAGAAAGAGUCAACGUCAGAAAAAAAGCUUCAGAAGCAAAUAUGCCAGGUUGUUCUUAAUCAUUUUGAGGAACAAUACUCCAAAGAAUUGGGAGGAGCAUGGAAUUCAGUCAGGGAAGUGCUUACAACACCAUUGAACUGGCAAUAUGCAGUCCUCCUUAAUAAAUUCAAUUACUCCUCUGAAAUGGAAUCUUAUUUGGGUUUAAAGGACUAUCGCCUCCUUUUCCCAAGAACCUCAUCCUCUUUUCCACAGUCAUUGAAGUGUUACAUCAGUGAUGCUCCUGGUAGAUUCCCUGCUCAGAAACAUAGAGAUGGACAAUUGAAGGAGUAUUACUUGCUGAAUGCUGCCUCUCUGCUGGCAGUACUGGCCCUGGAAGUAAAGGAUGGAGAAAAAGUGUUGGAUAUGUGUGCUGCCCCAGGGGGUAAAUCAGUAGCCACACUGCAGUGUGCUUGCCCAGGACUUCUACAGUCAAAUGAAUAUGAUAACUUGAGAUUUCAUCGGUUGAAGCAGACACUAGAAUCUUUCAUUCCAGAAUCUUUGAUGAGCCUAAUUACUGUUUCUCCAGCUGAUGGAAGAGAAAUAGGAAAUCUUCAACCUGAAAGGUUUGAUAAAAUCCUAGUGGAUGCUCCUUGCUCAAAUGAUAGAAGUUGGUUAUUCUCUUCUGAUACCCAGCAGGCUACUCUGCGCUUAGCACAAAGGAAGCUAUUAUCUGCUGUACAGAUACAGCUGCUCAGAUCUGCAAUUAAAGCUUUGCGUCCUGGAGGAUGUCUCGUUUAUUCUACAUGCACUCUUUCCAAGGCAGAGAAUAAUGACGUCAUAAAUCACAUCCUUGAUUCCUGCAGCAAUGUUUUGCCAGUGGAUUUGCACACCCUAGUCACUUCAGUAUCCAAGGAAUUCACUUUUGCUGCCAAUGUCCAACAGCAUGAACUUUUAGUACUUCCAGAAAGAGGGAAAGCAUGGGGACCAAUGUAUAUAUCUAAAUUAAAGAAAGUGUGAUUCAUGAAAUGCUUGUACAGUUCUUGUGAAUCAUAACAACAGGUUUUUUGGGGGUUACAAACAUCUUGUGAUUCAUCUGACACAUCUGACAAAUAAUAUCUAUCAAUUUUAAUAAACCUUUGUGGGUUUUUUCCAAACUAAACUUCUUAAAAUAUUUGAGAAAUUGUGUAAUUCAAGUAGAGAUGUUUCUAUUAAAUCCAAUAGUCAUAAUCCAGCAAUAGCUGUGGAUACAAGAAUUGGAACUGUUUUCCAUUUUGGUAUAAAUCUAAUGCUUCCAGGGGGAAAUCAGUCUAGUUUAAAACAACACAAAACAAAGCAAUCUAUUCUGUAAUUUAUUUCAGUUUCUAGCUAUUGGAAGUAACUCUUACGUCAGUUUCUAGCUAUUGAAAGUAACAGUUUUUCCCUGUUUUUGUGGCCAAUUGUUGGAUGGAAUAUUCAGAGAAAAGUUCCGAGUGAUAACCAGUCUUGAAUGUGUAACUUAUUAUGUUGAAAAACACUGAUUUCAAAUCAAAGUAUAUUCAGUGUUCAGUAAUGCAUAGGUUCUUCCUGAUAGCCAGAGGAUGACAAACAAUGCUGCUCUUUAAAGCAGCAUGAUUUCUCCUUCCAGCCCAAACAGCCAGUACUACCCAGAACCUCCCUUUUAUCUCCAAGACCUAUCCAGACAAUUGGAAGACAUGCUGUACAUGUGGUUGUUCCUCAGUUCUCAGCUACUGUUCCAUUUCUUCACCCUUUUUAGUUACAGUACACAUAUUCUAACGGGAUAAUAUAAUAAUUUAAGAUGAAAAAAAAAUACUUAAGGCAUUUUCAGUUAGAUCUGGAAACAGCAGCUUAUCACUACUAUAAGUUAAUAAAAGAAGGUGUCACCACUUAACAUAAUCGGAUACAUUUAUUUUACACACAAGCGCAUGCCAAUUUUUCUAGUUCCCCAGAUCGCAUGUCUCUUAAGCUAGUUUCUGUAACUGAAUGAAUGGUAAGAUAUGACAGUUCAGCAUUCAGUUCCUGGAUAUAGUAUCAAAUGUUUUCUUUUUAAAAACCAAGAAAAACAUAGUUAAUAUAUGUAAAUGAACCUUUUCUAAUGAGGAUAUUCUAUCUUCAAGCAAAAUCAGUCUGCAGCAGCAGGUUGUUCCUGCAAGUGAUUGUUUUUGCCACUCCUGGAAAUCACAGAUUAUACUGAGAUGAUGUUAUUUCUGCUACAUUCUACUACUUUCAGAAUGUACAAUAGGGGACUUGUGCUGAAAGCACCUUUCAACAGCUGAUCACCAGCAAAUGUGGCACUUUGGCGUGCAGCUUUGGAGAUAAAUGUGGUUUAGCUGGCAGUGACAAAGCAACUACUCAAAUCUAGGAUGAGAAAUAGCUAUAUUCAACAUACAGUAUUGCAUGGGCAUUUCUACAUAACUACCACUGUAAUUACUGAUGUAAGCGAACUACAGGUUUGUCCAAAAUGAUGUUAGCUCUGUUCUGAAUAA